UUUCAGAGACUUGUGACAAAAUGCCUGGUGUCGCCACUCCAAAUCCACGGAGUCUCUUUGAGUUACUGGGGCAGAGAGGCAUUCUUGGAGUUGUAGUUCUGAUAACUUGGUUAGUUCUGUUCCAUCUCCUGGUGAAUGUGUGGUUGCUGUGCAUCUUCACCAGUCUGUUGGUAGUGCUGGGUGGAUGGCUGGGAUCUCGUGUGGCUUUGGAUGCCAACAGCCUCCUUCAUUUGGAGCACUUUCUGCCAUUGGGUGAGUCUCCGCAAGUUCACACUGCAUCAGAGAGCGAACAAAGGCUGGACUGGGAGAUUCAGAGUGCUGUUGACAAGGCUGUGCGGGACUUUGUGUCAUCCUGGUACUGCAGUUCUGUUUCUAAAGGAGGAGAAGAGUUCAUACAGGAGGUGAGGGAUGCUAUGCUGGAGGCAGCCGGUGAACUGAAGAGAAGGGCAAGGCAGGUGGACCAGAGAGCACUGGCACAGAGGGUUCUUGAGCUUCUCGGAUGCCAUCUACAGAGCUUCAGCCAAGCCAAGGAACUCCAGCGCACACUUCAAGAUGAGCCUGAUCAAUCAGGUUCAAAGCUUUGGAGGUUGUAUUGUAAGACUGAUUUGCCUCACCCUGCUCUGAUCAGCCAAUCUAGCCAGCUCUGCUACUCCAGAGCACUGGUAGAUCUUCUAAUGCACAUUCUUAUUCCCAAAUCUCAUUUGGAAACGCGAACAGGCUGCUACAUGGUUGGUGAGCUUCUCACAAUUAAUGUUCUUCUGCCUCUUGUGGCAAGAACUUCUAAUCCAGAUUGGUUAAACCAGACCAUUGUAGAUGUGUUCACCCAAUCCAAAAACAAAGAAGAACCACUUGACCCACAGGAAACAACUGAAUCUGAUCUAGAUGAAUCCUAUAGCAGUUUCUGGGACUGCGAUUCCCCGAUUACUUUUGACUGUCCUGAAAGCUCCAGCAUGCAGACGGCUUGGUCUGCAUCCACAGCCCCUCUGCAUGAAUCCUCAGAAACAAGUUUUCAGAGUCAGUGGUCUUCUGAUGAAAAUGUGCAAGCAAGCAGAAGCUCCAGCAUACUUUUUCCAGAAAGAAUAGCCCAAAAUGCAGCUGAACUGCUCAGAUCUCCCUAUCGCACGAGCCGCCUCUAUAGACACACUGACUGCGACCUGGAAUCACCAUCUUCAGAUGAGAGGAGAAUGUCUAAUGAGUCUUUGAAGCAAACAGACACAGAUUCUGAGAAUUUCUGCGAUUGCAUCUCACCUUCAGACUUUUGUGGUCUGGUAUGUCUGGAAGAAGACACGUUAGGUCUUUUGGGGAAGUGUUUUAAGCAAAACAUGAUCAUUUCAGAGCCAGAAUGUACAGCAGAAGAGUCUCCAAUGCAAAUGCUGACUCACACAUCAAACUCCAUUCCCAGAAGCCUUGGUCUGGAUUCAUUAGUUUUUGAAAAUUUGGAAAAUCUAGACAGACCAGUGGCUAUUAAAAACUUGCAAAUCACUGGGACCAUCACUGCCAAAGAGCAAAGAAGCAGCAGCACUCAUCCGUAUACUCUUUACACUGUAAAGUAUGAAACUGGUGGAGAUUCAGAGAGUUCGACCUCUGAUCAGCCUGUCCCAUGUCAUAUGGUGAACCGGCGCUAUAGUGAGUUCCUCAAUCUGCAGACCCGAUUGGAAGAGAGGACAGACCUAAAGAAAGCCAUCAAAAAUGUCAAAGGCCCAAAGAAACUCUUCCCAGACCUUCCUUUCAGCAACCCAGACUCAGACAAAGUGGAAGCCAGGAGAAGCCAACUGGAAUCAUUCCUCAGGAAACUGUGCACCAUCCCAGAGGCAGCAAACAGCGAAGAGGUGCAGGAGUUCCUUGCCCUCAACACAGAUGCCACAGCAUCUUUCCAAAAGAAGCCGUCAGGUUCUCGCAUAGACAAGAUGGUGGAGAACAUAGUGGACACUUUGAAGACGGCAUUUCCUCGCUCAGAGCCCCAGAGCCCCACAGAGGAAGGAGACCUACAAAGAAAGCCCCGUCUGAGAUUCUCCAGUAAAAUAGCUCCUACUCUUAAUGUCCCAAGCCUGCAACCUAAUGUGACAUACUCAGUCAGUGAACGCUGCACAGUUCUUCGUGGGUUCUCGCUGUCAGAUCUGGAAGGGUUUGUGGAGGAACAGGAGAAGCAGGUGGACGGAGGUGUCAGGAGUCAUUUUGCAGGAGGAAGACACGUGAGAGAGCAGAGACCUGUUGAAAAGAGAGGACGAGGAGCAGACACGGCUUUGGCAGACAUCGCUUUGAACAUAUUGUGUUUGCUGAUGAAGGACCAGUGGAGCUGGCUGUGUACGGAAAACAUCCAAAAAACCAUCAGGCUGCUCUUUGGCACUUUUAUUGAAAGGUGGUUAGAUGUAGGCAUAGCCCACCUGACCAGUGCCCCAUGCUGGGUGAUCUACCUGCGGGUUCUCCAGGACGCGGUGUGGCCUGGUGGUGAACUGCCUGCGGUGCCACGUCCCGAGAGGAGCUCAGAGCAGAGAGAGAAGACCAGACUCCAGUGCUUGCAGUGCCUCAUGCAGCUGUUCCCAGAGUUAAUUACAGACAUGCUUGGCUCUGAGAAAUGCAGGCUGGUGUGGAAGCAUGUACUGGAGUCUCUACAGGAUCCAAGUAUAAACAGGCACUUGGUCUACUGUAUCUUUGACUUGCUUCUGGAGUUCCUCGUUCCAGAAUUUUCAGACGAGUUGUUCCAGAGGUUUUUACUUCAGAGUCUCCCAGGGGAUGUCGAGAGAAAACCAUCAUCUGCCUGAGGACACUAUGUUUCUUUCCUCCCUUUUUCUGAAUGCAGUGUUUUUCGGAUGAGCACAUUUUAAUGAGUGUGUGUGUGUUUUUUUAGUCUGUCUUAUCAGUUUGACUGGCCACUUUUGUUUUACAAUCUGAAUUUGACUCACAGUCGGUUUCAUAUGGUUUAUAGACUGUUAAAUAAAUCUUUUUCUUGUUAUUUGUUAUUCAUGGGUGUUUUUACCAUUUCAGAUUCCAUUAUGGGAUCUCUGCUCUGACAAUGUUUG